AACAAAAAGGGAAAGAUAAAUCAAAAACACUAAAAACUCCUCAAAUUGCUGGGGCUCCUCAUAAUUAUGUCACAUCUAUGAUUUUAAAUUCUUGGAGUGGGUCUCUCAAGCUAUGGUUCCUUGUUAGAAGGAAAUUCCAAAUGCAAGUUACUGGCAAUUUUUGAAAUUGGACUGCUUUCUUUUGCACUGGGCAUAGAAGGAGGCCAUGUUAUGCUACUGGCUAUCGACCAGCAUUUCAAAUUUAGCGCAGGAACACAUCAGCUUGAUUUAAAUUUUGUACAUGUUGUGUACGUAUUGUAACUAGUGUUUUUCAAACCUCCAGUGGUUUUGGUCAUACCUCUAAAUGACUAUAUGCACAGGGCUGGCUGAUUUGAUCUGGAGUCAAUGCAUGAAUCCUCUGAGUGUUCAACAAGAAGAAGUCAGGGCAACAAUGAUUAAAUACAUGCCACAGAAUCAGACCCUAUGUGUUGACUGUAAUACGCAAGGAGCUUUCCAAAUGUUCAGCCUCAAGUCAUUGGAAUUGGAUUUUAGUGGUUUCGCUACAGGCUUUAAUCUUAACUUUGGUUCCUUGAUUGUGGGUUGAGUAUCUUUUAUGAUGACGUCAAAUGUAAAAUGUUCUUGGGCAUGCUGUCGCUUAUUCUUCAAAAACUGUCUCAAGCUGGAUUUCAAGUUCUGAAUCAUCCACACCGAUUUUACGUUCAGGCAAUGAAAGCCGGGCUUUCGCAUAUCGAGAUCGUUGCACCUCACGCGGCUCAAAUGGCAGAGGCUUUGUUGAAUGUUGGACUAGAGAAAAAUUCGAGGUCUUUCCUGAUUUCUUGCAUCAAGGAUGAAGGAGCCAAUUUAAACUUUGUUGAGAGAUGGGCAUGGCAGCAAGUAGUCAACUUCACUGGGUGAAAAUCUUUGCAACAUCCUUUUCGAUCACUCGUGCCAAGAAAUGGAGCGACAGCUGCACUGUCAACGCUCAACGAACACUCGAAACUCAACGAACGUCAACGAAGGCUGCAGUUCAUUGCCCUAUCCUCGCCGCCAGCUGGAACAAUUCUACCGGAAUAGGAAAUCUGAAAUUGAGAGUCUCAGUUCCUCUGUCAAAGCAGCUGAAGUUCUUUUGGUUGACCAACUGGUCUAUGCGUCCGUCACGGAGUUAUGGGCAGAAGAAAAAGGCACAACAAACCAACGUGACAUUCAAACUUAUCCACCUCCAUCACUGUAUGUUUUGCUAUCGGCAUAUUUAAGGCCGGACGUGGACGACGUUUCGAAACAUCGUCUAGUUCAAUACGUCUUUAUGGAUUUGACGUGGAUCUAUGGCCGUCACGCCCAUUACGGAAACAUUUUGCAACAUCUAGUGACCUUUCCAUCCACCUACACACUUAAGCCCAGCAUGAUCAAAGUGACGCAGGCGUUCAGGCAUUUGGAUCAUCAAAAUUUCGACGACGCUCUUGGAAUGCUACUUGAUCCAUUGGUUCACACGAUGGACAUUACCAAUGCCUAGCAGAGGGCUAUCCUUCGUGCGUUUCUCUACCAGGACAAGCAUAAACACACGUUGAAAUGCGCUACGUUGCGACGGCCUGUCUGUCCCGAGUUGGAAGACAUCCAGCUCCAUCUGACGAUCCUGAUCGCCAAUGGUUUGAUCAGUGACGCACUGAGUUACAUCAGACGCAAUCGCAAUCAGCGCAGCAGCGUCGAAUUGAUGCAGCAUUUGCUCAACGGAUAUCAAGAAAUGCGCAAAGUCAGCGUUCUGUGAACUUUACCACUGUCUGAAGAGGAGGAAGAUCACGUGACUAACUUCUUGAAACAAAGGCGAAACAUUGACCUGCAAGAAGCUUUGCUCCUCUUUUACAUUCAACGCUGUAAAUAUCCAGAGGCCAUUGCCUACAGUCAACGUUUGAAUCAAAUGUGGCCGGCACGUGACACCAAUUCCAGGGAACGAUUCAACCGUCGUGAAAUGCUGGUGCAGACAUUGAUUGGUGCUCUGCCGCCCAUCACAUGCAAAUUAGCUGCCAUCGCCAAUUCUCGUCCACCCACUUCAGCGGCAUCGGCUGGUGGUUCGAAAUUCCCGCGGCCACUUUCCGUUUCUGUAUUGCCGGCCACAUCCAAAAUCCAAUCGAGUGGAUCCAAUUUCUUCCAGACAGUGAUUGAACAAUGGCGAGCCACUUGGCUUAUUGAACAGAAGCUUCACGAAGAAGUUCAAACGCCAUUGAGGCCUAGGAAACGCAAAUUGGACGAUCCAGAGGCUGUGCUGCAUCGGGAUGAAAAUCAGCCGGAAACGACUCCAUUUUUAUGCAACAUUGUACAACCAGCUCAGCGCAACAUAACCUUAGGCAUGUCGUUGUGCUCUCCUUCGCCUAGAGGCGCUCCAGAUUCAAUGGACAUAACGUCCGUCACGGAACAAGAUGCGGAUGAAAGUCAAUCGAGACAAGGAAAACGGCCACGAUUCUCCCUAUUUCCUAAAGCUAUUGCAGCAAUGAAAACGGAUGCAGAAGUUGUUUCUGUUUUGCAAACUCCACCCAUCCGGCGAGCCAGGCCGUGCCAUCCAUCGAUUAGUGAAGCAGAUGGCAGCAUUUCUAGUCGACCCUCAUCCAUUUUGAAAGAUAAGAUGCGACGUUUCAUGAACUUUUCUGCGCUUGAGACUGCCGGACGACCUGCUAGCGAGGCGGAUCCGUCGGAAUUAGAAACGGAAAUGGAGGUAUCAACAGCAUCAGCCAAGCAAUUACGUUUCCGUCUGCCACAACCACAAGAUGCUGCCUCACCUCCACUGGACAUUUCCGAAAUUGCGGCCGUCUCCUCAGUACAGGAAGACGAUGACGUGGAAGUCGUGACGGAUGCCCAGCACUCUAAUCAGCAUAGUCUUGUAGUGGGAGAAGAUUCCCAGUUUUGAAGAUGAUAGCGAAUCUGGUGCUCCCUUUGUUCCAGAGGUUGUACAAGUUGAAGAAAAACAGUUGCAAGAAGAACUUCCUGGUCCUUUACCUGUUGAGAAAUUGAUCUCUGUUGGAGAAAUUUCCAGUUGUGGCAUGGAACUAACCAACAAAGAUUUGCCUGUUGAGAAGAUAAUCUUCAAUGAAAAAAUUUCGAGUUGUUGCAUGGAACUAACUAACAUAGCAAGCACAUCUAUCCAUCCCAUCAUUGUGUCCGAGUCAGCUGUGCCGGAUGAUGAGGUGGAGGUGGAGGAGGCACCGACGUUAGCUGUUCUCUCGAACUUCUGAACUGGACAUCAUUUCAGAGGAAGCUGCUGCAGCCGCUGAAACAGUGGCAUCGAAUAUGAAACGGGGCCGGGAAGAUGCGUCAGAAGCAAGCUUAAAUCAGGCUGGCCCGUCUCAACCAACUGAAGAAGGUGAAGAUGAAGAAGAGAAUGGAGAAUCCAAUGAAUCAAGUCAAAAGACGAUUCAAACAAAGCGAGUGGUUCGCAAUAAAAGGAGAAAGAAGACGGAAGAAGUGGAAGUAACAGAAGAAUUACGUUUUGCUCCUGCAUCUCGUCCACCACCCAAAAGUCUUCCAAAACGAGAUCCUGUCAUGAAAUCCCGAACAGCGGUCCGACGUUCGAUGAGAUUAGAUAAAUAAGUUACCAACAAAAAAUGAAAACAGAAGAUUUUCAGGGAAGAUAUCUUUAUUACAACACCAGCAGGAAGCCAAUACCAGUCAAAGUGGUGCAGACGGUUGAAUAAUCAACUCGUCAUCAAGACCAUUAACACCAAUAGCGAACGAGUACGGAGUGCAAAAAUCAAGUGGAUUGGUUUCUGCUGGAUUUGCACAACGGAUCUCUACCGUCAAUCGCCCUGGAUCUCGUGCUGGCACGGCUACCUCAGGAACCAAUGCUAUGAGAGCAGUCACAGCUUACAGUCAUAAUACGGCAACAGCUGACCGACCAACAACUCAGCAAGGACUGGGAGGUUUAAAAGCAGCUUCACGUGGACUCCCUCAAAGGCAAAUACAAGACAAAUCUUAUUGUACGAAAUAGUAGUUUGAAAUGAGAAUCGCUAAUGAUCAAUAAUGAAAGUCUGUCGUUGAUUAAAUCUGGGAGUCUUGCGGGCCAAAAUGACGGAGGUGAAUGCAGAAAUGGGAAAACUUACCAAGGGCAUUGAGAAAAAUAACAAGGAAUUGCAAAGUCUACCUUCGUUGGAAAAGCGAGUGAAAGAAAUGGCUACGGAAAUAACAGGUAGAUUUGCAGAGCCACGCUGCUGAUUUGAAUUUACUUCAGAAAAAGAUCACCAUCAGUAGUGACGCCUCGCAAAUGGAAAGAGAACUUCAAUCGUUACUGAUUCAAAACGAACGCGAAGCUCACGAAGCCGAAGAUAUAUUUGAGAUUGUCAAAGCAGUUUAGGAGAAAAUUGCAUCGUUAGAAUGGGAGAUUCAAACGGAAAAUGAUGAAGCAGAGAAAUAUGUCACAUUUUUAGCACCAGCUAGUGCUAUUAUUUAUAUGCGAACUUGUUUCCCUCCGGACCGUCCCAAAAAUCCCAAGAACCUAGGCGAGUCUCACUGCCUCCAUGUUUGGGUC